AUGGAUCCCCUUGGUGACAUUCUUGGAUUUCUUGAUGCAUCCGAGAAUAAAACGAAGAAGGAGAUGCAUGAAAUCAUAAAUACUCAGCAAUCAGAUGAAAUUAACCUCGAAAUAAAAAAUGAAAUUUCCAUGUUAGAAAAGGAGCUACAAGAAAAGACUCAAAAAGAAGAAUAUCUCAUGAAUGAACUCAAGAAUCUCGUAUAUGAUGCAGAAAUUGAAAAAGAUCAACUUAAACAAAAAUUACUAGAAAAAUUAAAUUCACAAAAGCAGAAAUAUGAAAAAGCACUCAACAAGCAUCAAACACUAUACAGAAAUCUUGUUGAAGAAAAAGCUAAGCUAGAUACACAACUUAAUUCAGUUAAUCAGCAAUUAGCUGAAACAGAGCAAAAACUUGGCAAACAAAAGAGACACAUUAUCGAACAAGCAAAUUUACAGCUUUCUCAACAAAGAGAACUUGCUAUUGCCCAAGAAAGACAACGGCAAAAAAAGAUAUUAGAAGAAAAAACUCGCGAGAUCAAAGAAGCUACUGUUCGAGGUUUAGAGCCGGAAUUAAAAGCACUUCUUGAUAAGCAAAAGAAAGAAAUUGACGAAUUAAAUGCAAAACAUCAAGAAAACAUUUUACAAGCUAAAAAAGAUGCUGAAUCUUUUCUUGAAGAUGAAAGAAGGAAACUUGUUGAACAAUUAGAGCACGAACGACAAGUUGAAUUCGAGCAACUUGAAGAUCAACUUCGCAGACAAUUAUCUAGAGAAAAAGAGCUUCAUAGAGCAGAAUUAGAACAAUUAGCAUUGAAAAAACAAUCCGCUGAAAAAGACAGAGAAAACCAAAUCCAAAGAGCAAAGAACGAACAAGAACAAUUGUUAAACGAAGCAAGAGAGAGAUGGAAAGCAGAACUCACUGCAGAACAGUUGAGAGCUGCAAAGGAAGUUGAGAAGAUACAAGAGGAUGUCGAAAAAGCAAUAAAAUCUGCUCAAGAAGAUGCAAGACUUGCUGCUGCCGCAAGAGAAGUUGAAAUCAAAAUGGAACUUGAAAAAGAAACAAAAAUGAAAAAUGAAAUGAAACUUAAAAAAGUUAUUGAAAAACUCGAAGCAGAAACAGAACGAAAGAAAGAAGAAAUGAAGAAAGAAUCACAGAAGAGAAUCGAUGAUAGUCAAGAAGAUGCAAAAGAAACUAUUAAAGAACUUGAAGAACAAAAAAUGAAAAAGAAAAAGCAGAUUGAAGAAAUAAAAGAAAAAAUUCAAAAUGAACGCGAACUUUGUUCGAGAAUAGAAAAAGAUAAUGAAAAGCUUAUUAACGAUAUUAAUGAACAGCGGAAACUGAAAGAAGAUAUUCAACAAAGCAUAAAGAAGAAAGAAGAAGAACUGUCCAUUGCAAUUAAGAAGCAAGAAGAAAGAGAAAGAAUGCAAAAAGAACAAGCAGAAAUUGAUGAAAAUACACUGAGAGAACAACUUGCAGAGGCAAAAGCAAAGUUCUCUGAGAAACAAAUGCAAUGGAAAGUUCAAGAAAAGGAACUACAAGAUAAGAAUAAUUCUGAAAUCGCAGCACUUUCUAAAAAGAUAAAAUCUGUAAUCGAAGAUAAAGAAAGAACUAUCAUGUCUUUGAAAGAAAAACUUGCAGAAGCACAAGGAAAAUUAAUGGAUAUAAGCCGACUCCUCAAAAAACAGCAAGACAGAAUCAAAUAA